UAGUUACACAGGAUAUCCUUGACCUCAUGCAAACUAAAAAUAAAUUUCCGGAUAAAGAAGUUUUAAUGGGAUUUAACAGCGCAGAAGGACUGUUAGCAAUGGACAGAGUUAUCAAAGAUAAGGACGAAAUAAAAAAUACGUUGAAAGAUGUAGAACGAGUUAUACCAAGAGAUUUUCAAGUUUGGUUAGAUCCAAAUAACGAAAAUGUUAAGACAGCAAUAGAAAAUCUUAUGAAAACAUAUAAUAACGAUAAAGAGGAAAUGAAAUAUGUAGAUCUCAUGGGUGAUGCAUGGUUUAACUAUGGUGUUUUUAAAACAUUAAAAUCUAUUAUAAAUACAAAUGGAAGAAAGGAAAACACAUACUUUUAUAAAUUAUCUGACAGUAGUUACAGCGUAUAUAAAAAAUAUGUUAUAACUAAAUAUUCAAAUUUACCUGGCGUAUGCCAUGCAGAUGAUUUGGGGUAUUUAUUCCGAAUGUACGGAGAUUCUUAUGGACUUUACGAAUUGAAAAUUCCUCAAGAAGGUGUGUUAACACAUAAGCGACUCGUAAAAAUGUGGUCAAAUUUUGCUAAAACUGGAAAUCCAUUACAUGAGAAAGCAAAUGGUGGCAAUACUUUAGAAAAAAAGAAGGAUGAUGAUCCUUUAUCCAAAGUUACAUGGGAAAAAGUCGAUAAAGAUAAUAUAAAAUAUCUUGAUAUUACAAAAGAGAAGGAGCUUGAGAUGAAACAAUUUCAAAACGUCGAAGGCAAAAGAUUUGAUCUGUGGGAUAAACUAUACGAUAUCGGUCAAAAAAUAUACAAAAAUAAAAAACCAGAUACCAAAUUAUAA